AGGGCGUUUGUGUUCAGAUAUCAUGGCAUAAGGAGCGUAUAAGCAAGCGAGCGAGCGAGGAUACCAAACUUCAGACACAUGUCAGAGAUGGAAGGCUUCAGAAUGUCUGCCAUAAUUUCAGAAAUCGAAAAGAGAACAUUCUCGGGACAUGGGAACAACACUUUCAAAGACCAGCUCAAUAAACACAAUUCAAAAGCAAUCCAAGAUUAAUAUGGAUAUCUCAACAAUAAGCAUUCUCGUUCUAUGGUAUGCACAAGGCUUUCUCAUCAUAAUAACAAGCCUCAAGAGGAUCGAUAAUGCUAUGCCACAAGAACGCCGCUACUACACAAAAAAAAAGAGUACACACAAUCGCUCCUCCUGUACAACUUUUGAUGUUUUUGCUGUGUUACAAUACAGCUGAUGCUUUCCUCCCUCUGCUGCCAGCCUUGGCUUGCUGGUUUAAA